CAGGAGCCGCCAUGUUGGCCCGACACGGUGCUGGGGCGGCGUCGCUGCUCCUCCUGCUCUCCGUCACCGCCACAGUCGCCGCUUACGACUACUACCUCGACGACCAGGACGACGCCUCGCGCCUCCUGCAGGUGCUGCAGGCCGCCGCCACCGACCCCAGCUACGUGGACGAUUACGGCAACCACCAGAACAACUACGGCUUUGGACUAGGCAAACGAACACCAAACUACGCCUUCGGCUUGGGCAAACGCCAGGGCAUGUACUCCUUCGGGCUGGGAAAGAGACCAGACAUGUACUCCUUUGGCCUGGGAAAAAGACCAGACUUGUACUCCUUCGGGCUAGGAAAGAAAGCAGACAUGUACUCUUUCGGGCUGGGAAAGAGAGCGGACCUAUACUCCUUCGGGCUGGGAAAAAAAUCCGGCAAUUACAACUUUGGUCUCGGUAAGAGAAGCGUCAGUGAAGCUCUGUCGUCCCAGGAUGUCUCAAAGGCCGACGACCUGUCGCCCACGAUCAGGAAGAAGCGAGAUACGAGCCCCUCCGAGGACAUCCAGGACGACAAAACGUCCAAGCACUACGGCGUUGGUGUUGAGAAACGAGAAAUCGAUGAGGACAAGAGGAGCCGACAGUACUCCUUCGGUCUUGGAAAACGUGAGGACGACGACGCUGAAAAGAGAUCCGGACAGUACUCCUUUGGCCUCGGAAAGCGGGAACCUGACAUGGACCUGUACAAGAGGCCCAGGAACUACGCCUUUGGACUAGGAAAACGCACCUCCGACGAGGAAGACGACGAGGACGACCAAUAUUACCCAUACGGUCUUGGUAAGCGACCCAGAGUCUACGGCUUCGGCCUUGGCAAACGCAGUGACGACGGCCUGGACGACUACGAUGACCUUGACGACGAAGAAGUCGAGGGGCUGAGUGAGCUGGAACAGUAUGGCGAGGACCUCAAGCGGGCUGACUCCUAUGGUCUGGCUUUUGGCAAUGGUGGCGACGCACUGGAGAUGGGACUCGGAAGGAGGUCUUAUGACUUCGGUCUUGGUAAGAGAACUGCAGGACCUUAUGCCUUUGGUCUAGGUAAGCGGGCUGGACCUUAUGCCUUUGGUCUAGGUAAGCGGGCUGGACCUUAUGCCUUUGGUCUAGGUAAGCGGGCUGGACCUUAUGCCUUUGGUCUAGGUAAACGAGCUGGACCUUAUGCCUUUGGUCUUGGAAAGAGAUCCGGGCCUUAUGCUUUUGGUCUGGGAAAGAGAUCUGGGCCUUAUGCUUUUGGUCUGGGAAAGAGAACUGGUCCUUAUGCAUUUGGUCUGGGCAAAAAAGCUGAUCCAUACGCAUUUGGUCUUGGAAAGAGACCGAACCCAUACGCCUUCGGCCUUGGAAAGCGAGACGGCAUGUACUCCUUUGGUCUGGGUAAGAAAGCAGGACAGUAUUCAUUUGGCCUCGGGAAGCGGUCUGGCCCAUAUUCCUUUGGUCUUGGAAAGCGUGAAGACUACGACUCCUCAGACCAGUACAGCCUGGGUAGGCGGUCUGGAGCUUACUCCUUCGGUCUGGGCAAGAGGGCUGGUCCUUAUAGCUUUGGCCUGGGGAAGCGGGAGUCCGGUGACGAGUCCCACCAAGACGAGAUUCAAGGCAGUGUUGAAGAGACGUCCUCCUAGGCUCAAGUGUGGACUCUAAUACAGGGUGUCCGACACUUUCUAACACGUAAUAUCAUUCCCGUAUUAACUCCUUUGAUGAGACCGAAUUCUAAAUCAUGUAUUCGGGCAAGAGAUCUUGCGUAUAUGCAUCCUGGUGUGAAGCUUGCUCAAGCAGACGACCGUGAAGACUCGAUCUUACGCAGGUCGUCCAAGACAUCUUGGUGUCACCAAGAUGCCUUGCCCCAUACAUUAAAGGCUGGGUCUAGCCUUAAUAGAAGUGUCUAUUGGGUGGCUGGUGGUAAGGCUCAACCACUUUAGAUCUCGGUCUCACGGUCCCCGGGCUCUAUAAUAAAUCAAAUAGACUCUAGCUUCAUUUCUCUUAUUUCCUGCAGCUCACAGCUCCGUACAACCACGCAGGCUCGCCUCUAUUUUAUAAAGAGAUGUUUAGUUCAACUUAAACUUUGAAAGUAACUUACAGUAACUUAAGUCAGGUCAUGGAGAGGGAAGCAAGGAGCACUACCUUCCUUGACCCCCGGGGUCGUCUACACCUCGCCUACAUCAGCCUACACACAUAUCCCUGACUCAAGGUGUGCAACAUCAUCUUAAAGAUGUAAUUCUGACUUAUUUAAUGAUAUGCUUAGGAAGUUGUUCCUUUAGUCCUAUUUAUAAUGUCAUUACAAUCUCUUGGACAAUGUUUUUGCCAACUGUAAACAAAAAAAAAGAUUUAGUUACAAUUGUGUAUAUAUUGCAAAAGUUUAAUAUAUUUGGUGAUAAUAUUUAUAAGGGACUUAAUUUUAUUUUAGUGGAUGUAAUUUUUGUUACAUGGAUAUUGAGUCAAUAUGUCAGAGAUUAUACUCUCGAUAUAACGGAAAGAUUAUACUUUUAUUUCAUCUUAAUUCAGAUCAAUUAAUUUAUAGCGAGAAAGCAAUUGACUAGAUUCUCAUGUUGACGUCACACUCGCUGGCUGGUGUGAUGUCAAUAGUUCUGUACUUAAUACAUCCUGAAAUUCCAAUCAGUUUGGGAUGAGAUCACUGAAAGUUUCCACUGCUGGUCUAUAUAUUGUACUCGCUAUACAUUGAACAAAUGUAAUUUGCAUACCGAGUUGCCAUGGAGACGGGAGAACUUGUCUAAACGUACCAGACUUCAGCCCUCUAUUGGAAUAAUUUGUCCAGAAACUCUCUGAUGACACAUCAGGCUUGUGUGAAAUGUGCUUCCGUGAUUAUAUACUUAUCCAAAUGUUGACAUAGCGGACGACAGCGUCAAGGGAUAGCGAGCAGCGCUGUUCACUGUGCGAGGCUUCAUGUACACCCGCGUCUCUGUGGGUCAAAACGUUUUACCUGUAACUAUCUACUGUAUAUCAAAAUAAGAUAUUGAAGCUAUUUAUUUUCUAUAUUUUUCCUCUGUUUUAUAAUAUAUGUUUGAUUAAA